UUAGAAUUAUUGAUGUUUUAAUUCUACAUUGGGUUAUUCUACAGUCAUUCGCUGCCUUAAAUGUAAGAUCAUUCACAUCUCAUGUCUCUUCCACACCCCCCACUACACUUGGUGAAUUCUGAAGCCGAUCUGAGCCGGGUGUUCCAUCCCUAACGGUUUGUGUUGCAGGCCGUUUGGAGCCUAGGAGAGAAUAUGGUCAGCGAAUGGGUGGGGGGAAAUGGCCCUUACUGGUAACGCAUUUUAUUUUGGUUGUUUUGGAAGCAUGUUGUGGUUAAUGAGCGGAGGAAACGGUCGCCGGACGGCGGUGUUUUGAGGGGCGGAACUAACGUCGUUGCUCCGUUGCGGCACGAGGGACGGUUGUCAGAGAAGCACCGUCUUCCAUUCCCCGACAACGGGCUGGAGGUGGAAAGGUCGGGACGACUGGGAGCCGUGCUGUGAAGCAGCGGAUUGUUUUAGCAAAUAAAAAUGCCAGCAGGGGUAUCGUGGUCUCAUUAUCUGAAGAUGUUGGGGUCAAGCCUUCUAGCGAUGUUUGCAGGAGCAGAGGUCGUACACAGGUACUACAGGCCAGAUCUGAGUAUACCAGACAUUCCACCUAAACCAGGUGAGCUUAAAACAGAACUGCUGGGUCUGAAAAACCAAGUGCAAACUCACGAUUCUGAACAACAGUGAAGUGAAAAAAAAAUUCAAAUUGUUAAUUGUGGAACUUAAAUGAUACAAGACAUUUUUAAGUUUUGUCUACUUUGUGCUAUGAGCUGUUCUGUAGGGAUGGUUCAGGUCUCAAGGGAAAGAGGGCAUGUAAAGUUGAACAGUUCCUUUCACCAAGGUGUGACCAGCAUGUGCAAGGUCAGCUUUUGGUCUAACUGCAAAAAAAAUUAGAUUUGUAACCAGCUGUACCAUUGGCCUAAUGAGUUAGUCAAGGCUACAGCGUUUACUUGGAUUGAGACAGUACAGCAUUGUCUUUUCUUGCAAUGCAAUUAUUCUGAAGGAAAUUGUUAAAUACCAGAUGAACAUAAAUUUUCAAUUAACAAAUUACUCAAUUUCAUUGUUAAAUCAGCAUGGCAGUUCAACAUUUGUUGAAUCCACAUUUAAAGGUUUGUAAGUUACAAAUAAAAAUGUUCAUUUCAUAUUCAA